AUGGGUAUCACUGAAGGAUGGAAGGACAAAAUGGCUUGGCCGCGACUGGUCGCGUUCAUGGUUAUCGUGUUUGUUCUUCUCACCACUGUGAGCUCCGUGAUGAAGAGAAAAGAAGCGCUUGAUCUUCCAGCCAACGGUCAUCCUGGAAAUGAGAGGCCACACGAAGAUGUAGCGGUCAACACAUGGUGUCCGGUACCAGAAUUGCCGACUCCAUUACAAGACGGCUUGGUCCAGUUGGCCGACUUUGGAAACAACAAGGACUUGAUAAAGCAGCAGGUUGAACGCCUCAGUGCUGCUGUCAAUAUUCCAUCCAUCUCGUAUGAUGACAACGACGAUGUGGACAAAGACCCGAGGUGGCAUGCCUUUGUCACUCUGCAUGAGAUUUUGGAAAAACAGUUUCCAAAAGUCUACGGUCUGCUGUAUACGCUACCUGGAACUGAAACUAACCUGAGACCGAUCGUCAUUAUGGCUCAUCUGGAUGUUGUACCGGUACCGGAUUCGACGAAAUGGAGUCAUCCUCCAUUUGAAGCAUACUUCGACGGACAGUGGCUUUGGGGAAGAGGCACUGUUGACUGCAAAGGUGUUCUCAUUGGCGUGUACAGUGCCAUGGAACGACUCCUCGAGCAAGACUUCAAGAACAAACGUACUAUCAUUCUAUCAUUCGGCUUCGACGAAGAGACUGGUGGUUUUCGAGGUGCCAAAUACUUAGCAGCUCAUCUGAAAGAGAAGUACGGCGAGAAGAGUGUUGAGAUGAUUGUUGAUGAAGGCGGCAGCAUGACGCCCAAAGUCGAUGGCGUGACCUAUGCAUUGCCAGCGAUUGCAGAAAAGGGCUUCCUCGAUAUCGUCUUAACUCUCAACACUCCAGGCGGCCACAGCGCUGCACCGCCCAAAAACACAAACAUAGGCAUCAUGUCACGCCUCCUUGCAGCAGUGGAAGACCAUCCGUUUACUCCUCACAUCGAUGAGCGCAACCCCGUCUGGAACUACCUGAAAUGUGAAGUUGAAAACUCUCCCAAAACAGUAGAGCCCUGGCUACGGGAAGCGCUAGAGAAGAAUGAAGACUUUGCAGAUAGACUAAUCGAGUCUCGCGGCGGCUAUACUCGCUGGUCGAUGCAAACAUCACAAUCGGUAGACAUUGUGAACGGCGGCAUCAAGGACAAUCAGCUGCCAGAAAAGACUGAAGUAGUUAUCAACUACCGUGUCCUUCCAACCGACAAGAUAGAUGGUGUCCUAAAAACAGUCGCCGAUGUCAUCGCUCCGCUCGCAAACAACUACAGCAUCGCAGUUCAAGGACCAGGAUACUCUCAGAUCGACCGAGGCUUUGGCGUUCUCAAUAUCUCCUCGAUGAACAUUCUUGAGCCAUCGCCACUCGCCCCAACAGGACCAGACGUAGGAGUCUGGAACACAUUCGCAGGCACAAUCCGCCAAGUCUUCGAGAGCACAGAAGAGAAGUUGUCAGCANAGAAGGUCGUACCCGUGGGUACGAUUUCGGUUGGCAACACAGAUACCGCACAUUACUGGUCGUUGACUAAGAAUAUCUAUCGCUUUUCGCCAUUGUCAGAAGAUACAGCGAAAGGUCCGCAUACUGUGGAUGAGAGAGUUGAUAUGCAGGCGCAUUUGGGUGGUGUCAAGUUUUACUAUGAGUUGAUUCGGAAUAUGGAUGCCUAUACAGGGAGUUAG